AGGAAUAAGUUCAUAACGCAAAUGCUAGAUUCCAUGUUCCAGGGAAAAGUCCUACUUUACAUGUGAAAAUCCUCCAUAAAUUUGAACCCAAAACCCCUAUUUUUCUCUCAACCCCAACCAAAAAUCUCUCCACCUCUUUCUCUCUCUUUUACCAGAUCUCUUUCUCUCUCUUCCCCAAUUAUCUACCAUGGCAGGACCUUCAGUGCCUGCUACUCCUCUUCUCAAAGAUGAGCUUGAUAUUGUCAUCCCCACUAUCAGAAACCUUGAUUUCCUUGAGAUGUGGAGACCAUUUUUCCAACCUUACCAUCUUAUCAUUGUUCAAGAUGGAGACCCUUCUAAAACCAUUAGAGUUCCUGAAGGAUUUGAUUAUGAACUUUACAAUAGGAAUGAUAUUAAUCGUAUUCUGGGUCCUAAAGCUUCUUGUAUUUCUUUCAAGGAUUCUGCUUGUAGAUGUUUUGGUUAUAUGGUUUCUAAGAAGAAGUAUAUCUAUACCAUUGACGAUGAUUGCUUUGUUGCUAAGGAUCCAUCCGGGAAGGACAUAAAUGCACUAGAGCAACACAUCAAGAACCUUCUUUCUCCAUCGACCCCAUUUUUUUUCAAUACCCUCUAUGAUCCAUACAGGGAAGGCGCUGAUUUCGUUCGUGGAUACCCCUUUAGUAUGCGUGAAGGUGCCAAAACUGCUGUCUCUCACGGUCUUUGGUUGAACAUCCCUGAUUAUGAUGCACCCACUCAGCUUGUGAAGCCCCUUGAGAGGAACACUAGGUAUGUUGAUGCUGUCCUAACUAUUCCCAAAGGAACCCUCUUCCCAAUGUGUGGCAUGAACUUGGCUUUCGACCGUGAGCUCAUUGGACCUGCUAUGUACUUUGGACUCAUGGGUGAUGGCCAGCCUAUUGGUCGUUAUGACGAUAUGUGGGCCGGCUGGUGCACCAAGGUGAUAUGCGACCACCUUGGGCUGGGAGUGAAGACCGGGCUGCCUUACAUAUACCACAGCAAAGCAAGCAACCCAUUUGUGAACCUGAAGAAAGAAUACAAGGGUAUCUUCUGGCAAGAAGAGUGCAUCCCAUUUUUCCAAAACGUGACCCUCUCGAAGGACUGCACUUCCGUCCAAAAGUGCUACCUUGAGCUCGCCAAACAAGUCAAGGACAAACUUGGAGGACUCGACGAAUACUUUAUCAAGUUGGCGGAUGCUAUGGUCACCUGGAUUGAGGCUUGGGAUGAGCUUAACGGAGGAGCUCCGGCUGCUGUCGCUAAUGGCAAAUAAGAGCAUCUUUAAAAGCAGGCCAUCAUAUUGGCUGCUACAUGUUUAUCAGUUUAUCUUGGAGGCUUAGGGAUUAUUGGAUUUCAGGCAGAGAUAUAGGAUUUUAAAAUUAUUAUUGUCUUAUUUAUGUUUAGCAAUUGGGUUGUGUAGCCAAAACCCAAACCCAAACCCGAACCCGAACCCUUACUAUCUAUUUUUUAAGUUACAAGUAGAGUGGGAAUUUGUUAUUUGUUUUCCUGGGAUUUAUAUUUUGAUGUUUUAUGUUCUAUUUAUUCAUUUCCGACUUAUAUUCUAGAAUGUCCUUUUUGAGCCAA